AAAAAAAAGCGAACGCAUCGGGAUAGGCGUUGCCCACUCUCUCACUCGCUUCCCCACUUUUCAACCCCUCUUCCCCAACACUCACACCCUCCACCACUGCACCAAAUUACGACCACUGCCCCUCCCUACUCCUCCAGUGAAUCUCCGGUCAGAAUCUCGACAGAAACUUACGGCAUGGAUGCCGGCGUGACGCCAUUCCGGUCGAUACUCGACAAACCCCUCACUCAGCUGACCGAAGAAGACAUUUCUCAGCUCACCCGCGAAGAUUGCCGCAAAUACCUCAAAGAAAAAGGAAUGCGCAGACCUUCGUGGAAUAAAUCGCAGGCGAUCCAACAAGUAAUCUCACUCAAAGCUCUCCUCGAAACUAAUGAAGAUUCCGGCGCCGGUGCUUUACGGAAAAUCUUAGUUUCCAAACCACCAGCGACUUCAAAUUCGGCUGAUUCAGUUAAGGAACCGAGUGAUACAAACAACAAUACAGUUUCGGUAUCGGCAGAUGAAACCGCUCCGUGCCGGCAAAAUGAUUCUCCAAAAUCCACUCCUCUGGGACCGGUGGAUUGUCAACCGGAAGAGGCAGAUAAUAAAGCUAUUGCUCCCAGAAGUCCUGGUGCAAAAGAUGGAUUGCUUGGGCAAAUGACUAUUUUCUAUUGUGGAAAGGUGAAUGUGUAUGAUGGAGUCCCACCUGAUAAGGCCCAGGCAAUCAUGCAUCUUGCGGCAAGUCCGUUCCAGUCGCCUCCAGAUGAUACAAUUUGUAGACCAGCAUUUUCAUAUCCAUGUCAUUUUCAUGCCCAAACUGACAAACAUGGAUUUGUUCCUCCUAAUACAGCAAUUUGUCAAACCACACAAACAGAUAAGAUGACAGAAUAUGCUCAGCAGUAUAGGGAGAAAGCAAACGCAACUUAUGAUCCUGAUGUAGAGGGUCAAGCAAACCGUAAAGUAUCAUUACAGAGAUAUCUCGAGAAGAAAAAAGAUAGGGGAAGAUUUAAGGCCAAGAAAAAUAUAGGAAGUACUUCUAACUUGGAGGCAUAUUUGAACCAUCAUGUGAGGACACAUACCUCAAAUGGACAAUCGACCAGGAGCAGCACAAGCUCUCCACCCCAGCCUGGAUUCCCACACACCUUGUGUGGCUCAGCUGAUGAUCAACCAAAGAUUGCCAGUUUUUCUGUUGAUCUUAAUGAAGGACCCUACCUAUUUCUAAAAGAUCCCUACGAGAGAAGUACCUGUUGGCAAGGGAUUUCACUCUCAGCUGAUCAAUUUUGUACUAGAAUCGUGGUCCUGAGGAAUUCCUUGUCUCUGGUGGCAACUAGUAAGUUGGACGCCAUGAGUCUGGGCUUUCCGGCCCUUCCAAUUGGAUGACUUGAGCUCUGGCCUAUCCAGUAAUCAUAGACCACCUGUCCAGUUGCCUUAUUUUUGGAUUUGUAUUGAAACCAUACUGAUAACAAAGCCCAAUGCCAGUGGACAAAGUAAGAAAACUACAAAAAUGAAACUUUUUGAAGCCGAAGGAAACUUUUUAUAUCGGACGGUCACUUUUUUCUUUUUACUUGAAUAGAAAUUGUUUCUUAUCAUUACUUUUCAAUGAUAUGGAAUUGUUUUUUAGAUUAUUGAAAAGUAAUUAUUUUUCCUUAAACAAAUC